UCUGAGAAUAAAGUCAGAAUUCUGAGAAUAAAGUCAGAAUUCCGACUUUAAAGUCAGAAUUCCGACUUUAAAGUCAGAAUUCUGAGAAUAAAGUCAGAAUUCUGAGAAUAAAGUCAGAAUUCUGAGAAUAAAGUCAGAAUUCUGACUUUAUGGCAUGGGGUGGCGGAGGGAAAGUCAGUGUGGUGUGGUUUUGACCAGAGAGGACAUUAUGUCGUCAACGAGUGAGUUUUUGCGUGCCAGAGGAUUGCCGGAGGACAUCAUUUCACACUUGGAGGAGCGGGGGUGAGUAAAUAAAGCAUUGUGUUCAUUUUGGUGACUGUUGCGUAUAUAACUGGCUCCGUGUAGCAUGUAGCUCCGUUGCUAAUUGAUAGCUCUUGACGGGACGCGCUGCAUUUACACGUAAAGAAGCAUUAUGCGUAUUUUUGUUCAUUCAGUACUCAGUUUCAUUAAACCGAUGACGUAAUGCACGAUUAUAAAUAUAUAUAAACGUCACAAAGCGUCGGUAAAACACCGCGACUCGCGGCAUAAACCAUGCCUUGCUGAUUGUGACCGGCUGCAAUAUCAUUGCACCUUAAAUUUAACUCAAUACACUGAUCACACUGUUGUUUAAGAGUGGUGAUUCUACCCGCCACAAUUCAAGGUUACAUCAUUUGAAGGAUAAUCAUGCACGUCUUUAUUUACUCACUGGAUGAGACUUGUUUAGUGAUGUUACACCUGACAUCGUACCAGGAGUAUUAGUAUUAAAAACAACUUCAUACAAUAAGCAUACUGUCAUAAAGUCAUGUUUUCAAAAUGCCCACUGUUGUGUUUGACAAAUUGUAAUUGUUUUUACUUUGUUGUGCAGAUAAAGUGACUGAUGGAGGGUGCAACUCAACCAGUGCCUGAAAAGCUGGAUUUGGAUGACUUAAUCAAGCUAUGCUUUAGACUUGCAUUCAGCAACAAGGAAAUACUUGCAGUUUUAGCACAUAAUGCUCAGACUAUUAUAAGUAUUCGGACUCUGAAGAGAACUUGUAAAAGACUUGGUCUGUUCCGAAGAAAGAAUCAGUCGGACCUGGGAGAUGUGUUGGCUUUUGUCCAGCAUGAAAUCCUGACUUGUGGCCAGAUGCAAGGUUAUCGCUGGCUUCAGCUACGUGCGAUUCAAAAAGGAUUUGUUGUCUCACAAGAUACAAUAAGACAAAUUAUAAAAUUGGUUGACCCAGUCGGCGUGGAAUUAAGAAGAGCACGACGCCUUAGAAGACGCCAGUACAGCUGCAGAGGCCCAAAUGCUCUUUGGCACAUGGAUGGCUAUGAUAAAUUAAAACCCUAUGGGAUUUGCAUCCAUGGUUGUAUUGAUGGGUUUAGCCGGUAUGUGUUAUGGGCAGAGGCCUAUACCACAAACAAUGAUCCCAAGGUGAUUGCAAGUUAUUUUAUCAAAACAGUUUCGCGCAUUGGUGGAUGUCCAGAGAGGAUCCGUGCAGACAGGGGCACAGAAAAUGGUUGUGUUGAACAGAUGCAAGUGUUUUUGCGACAAAACCACUCUGACAAUUUUGCUGGGGAGAAAAGUUUUCUUUACGGGAGAAGUACUGCCAAUCAGCGCAUUGAAGGGUGGUGGUCCAUCCUUCGCAAACAGAGCGCACAGUUCUGGAUUAAUUUAUUUCAAACUCUUCAGGAGGAUGGUCACUACACAGGAGAUUUUCUGGAUAAAAGUCUUAUCCAGUUCUGCUUUCUUAAUCUUGUGCAGGAUGAGCUGGAUGAAGUUGUGAACACAUGGAACUCACACAAAAUAAGACCAAGGUCGAACGGUGAUACAGCUUCAGGCCGGCCAGUCGUCAUGUAUUCAUUCCCUGCCAUGCACAGUGCCGAGGAUCGACUGAAACAAACUGGAAUGCAAGAUAUCACUGCGUGUAUGGAAGAGUGCACUCCAAAAUGCCAGUUUCCUUGCGAUGAAACUGUAUUUGAACUGUGUUGUCUCCUAAUGGAGGAAAAUGAAUGGCAUGCUCCAUCAGAUCCAUUGCAUGCAAGUGACUUGUAUCUUAUGUUGAGAGAGGAAUUACUGAAGAUUGUUUGACAAGCGUAUUGAUGUAAUACAUAUAAACUCCUCAGAAAAUAUUUUUUCAGAUUUUUUUUUAAUCAGUAGUCUGUAUACUCAGUUACUAUGUUUUUUUAGUCCUACAAUGCCUUCUUGACCUUUAAAUAUUCCUUAAUGACCCAAAUUAAACAGAAUAAUUCAUUGCAAAAUCGAAUUUUUUUUAACUAUGCUUACCGGAUCUAUGGUUCUUCUUUUCCAUUUGUGACUAACAAAAACCAAGAUGUUACAUUUUGCUUGAAAUGUCCUGAACUUGACUGCUUAAAUAUGUAUUAAUGUAUUACUUGUAUAUUAAAAAUUGUGUCUUUUCAUAGAAGGCAUCUGUACAACAUAAUACUUUAUUUUUAUAUACCAACAUUCAGGUGCAGUCUGGAAACACAUAGUGGAUGAAGAGUGAGUUUAUUGAAUGCAAUAAAAUAUUACCACUCUUCAUUACAGAAGCAUUCACUUAAUACUAUGUAGCUGCUGAAAACAACCAUCCAAUGGUUAUGCAUAACAUCUUGGGUCAUUUUAAGAAAGCCCUAGAACUUUUAUAUAACUGGAACACAAUGCCAAAUGCAAGCUGUUUCUAUAAAACUCUAAAAACAGUGAAGGAACCAAUACAAAGUUUGUUUCUAUUUGACCAAUACGAACAGUGAACAAUAUAUGUUGUGUUGAUGCAACUUACAACGGAUAAUUAACGGAGUUAUGGUUAUUGACAGAAUUAAACAAUAUCCAUGACCCAGAUAUUGCUUUCGAGAACGGCAUUGAAUUCUGAUCGGAAGUUUGGGAAAUUUUCAUAGCUGUCAGCAAUGUACAAAACCUUUCCACACGUGUGCCCCACUGGUCUUCUACUAAACUCUGUCAUUUGUUGAAACUCCACAAGGAUGGUGUCGGUGACAAUAAGAUCAGAUCCAGUGCAAAACCGGAGAAAUUUCUGAAGCUUGAGUUCAUCCAACUCUCUGAUGAACCUUUUCAGAUGAUUUACCACUUCCUUCUCCUUUGAGGUUAAAUCGUUUGGAAAUUUCAGCAGUUGGCAGACCUUUUUGGAAGUAGGUUGCAAGUCAGAGCACAACUUGUUAAGUGCGUCAGGACUUAUGAAGUCAUGGUGAAAAGUAACCUCCCUCCAGCAGUCAAUAACAAACAUGGGCUUUUGGACAAGCUCUUUGUGCGCUAUUUCCUGCAGUAUUGUGGGAAAGGUUUCAGGUGUUAUUCUCUUUCUACACCCAUAGCUGUCAAGAACUUCCACAAGAUCAUCUUGGUCCACUUCUGAAAAGUCCUUCAUUGCGUCCAUCAAAACGUCACGCUCCUGGCUGCUCACAAACUGCAGAAAGUGGGCCUUUGGAUCACUGUAGACACAGUUGAAAAGUACUUGCUCGAGGAAAGGAAACGCAAGUUUGUUUGGGAAAUAGCAACACUCUUGGUAACCUUUUAUAAGUAUUCUCCCAACUGCUUUCCACUUUGCUGCAGAAAAAUCAUGACGGAUAAAUGGCACCUUAAUUGAUGUACCAAGGGUGCAUCGGUCAUAGAAUUCCUGCCAGAAACAGGUGAGAACAUCUCUCAGUACUCCAGACCCAACACCUGCUUCUUCUCUAUCACCUGGGAGUAUGCGUUUCACACUGAGUGGUUUGUUCAGUAUUUCUUCUUUGCAAAAUGCUCUUAUCAUAUCAUUCAAUGUGUCAGUGGAGUGGACAGUUAUAGUCAACACAUCUUGUGGAUCAGAUGGAUUGAGGGGCAUAGCAGGACCAUUGUAGAUCAUUGUGACUUCUGUAUCUUCCUGUGUGUCAUAUGUGGGACCAAAGGUAAUUUCUGAAUCAACAGAAAUGUUGAAUAGCUGGUAGACUUCAUUUGAAUAAACAGAGACCUCGUCACUUUCUGCGGCAUUGUAUUCACUGCCAUUGUCUGACGUAACUUCCUCGUGUGUGUGGAUAUCAUCUUGGUUCUCUUUUGGUCUUGUUGCAAUGUAAAAACGCAACAAUGUUAGCUUUGCAGCCUCGUACAUAUAGCCGAUGGAAUGGCAGGUGUCAUCAGUGAGGCAGUUUUGUUUGAAAUCCCAAACCUCAAACUCAAAGUCCAAUUGUGAUCCUUUGGGAGAAAUUCCAUCUGGGAAAAAUGGUUUUUUUCCUUCCUUGAGAAUGUCUUUCAACCCAGCUUCUGUGGACAUAUGAAGUUUUCUGGUACCCCCUCCCUGCUUCUCCCUCACCUGUUUGGUCAUCUUUCCAUCACUGUGUAUCCAUCCGAUCGCAAUAUUUCUUGUUGUUUUCUGCUUCUUUGUCUCUUGUGGUUGUGUCUUUGAGGUGGUGUCCUCUUUGUCACUGUCUUUCCUGAGUUUCAUUUUUUCACGUAGUUUUUCUAAAAGUCCGUUUUUUCUUUUGGAUGUAGGCUGUUUCGUCUUGCAAAAAUUAAAGAGUGCAAUGCGGUCUCCAUAGCGAGGGAUGUAAUUGGCAAGAGCGGCAUCGUCCAUCAGUGCGAUGACAUCACUGUCAAUCUGCACGAUGACAGAAAAAGAAAUCUGUCACACACAAUCACUUAAUUUGAAAGAAUGAAGCACAAAUAUAAUACUUAUUGUAAAUCAAAUCCACACUCGACAAACAUGUUGCAACUGUUUAAUCUUUAAGAAUUUAUUAAGCCACAUUUAUACCUGAAGUCUAUGUGUUUUUUAUUUCAUUUUAUACACUAUUUCAAUCAUCAGUUGACUUAAUGUGAGUGUGUAAAUACUUAAAAUGAUCUAGCGUUGGAUUGUGGUAUGGAGAGUCAGCAAGGCAUAAGGGGUUUUAUCGACGCUUUGUGACGUUGCCGUGACGUGUAUAUAUAUUUAUAAUCGUGCAUUACGUCAUCGGUUUAAUGAAACUGAGUACUGAAUGAACAAAAAUACGCAUAAUGCUUCUUUACGUGUAAAUGCGGCGCGUCCCGUCAAGAGCUAUCAAUUAGCAACGGAGCUACAUGCUACACGGAGCCAGUUAUAUACGCAACAGUCACCAAAAGGGACACAAUGCUUUAUUUACUCACCCCCUGCUCCUCCAAGUGUGAAAUGAUGUCCUCCGGCAAUCCUCUGGCACGCAAAAACUCACUCGUUGACGACAUAAUGUC